CUUCUACAAGUCCUUCUAGAACCUGCUCCUUCUAUGUACGAGGUUUUCUUUGAACGCGUUCAUGCCAGCCCACGGGAAGUGGCGCCAACGAGGCGAUGAAAUCCACAAGAAUCUAGCCGUUAAGGUCGAGUCAUGACGAGCGAUGAGGGACUGGACGUGGCAACAUGCAGAGGACAUGAGGACGCGGUGGUGAAUAGGGCAGGCAAUGGGAAGUCCUUCACAACUCUCAGCACUAUCGCCGUCCAGGCUGGCCAAACGCAGCUCGUCGUGUCUGUCCUCAAGAGCGGCUCGCUUGUCCACCUCGAGCUGGUACGAGUCCAUCCUGACCUCUGUGAAAUCGGCACAAACGAGGAAGAGAACAGAACGUUGAUGCAAGAACAUGAAGAGCUGAUGAAGAAGAUGAUGAACCGGCAAAAGGAAGUUCUGGAGGCGUCAGGAAAGAUCAGGAGAAAGAAAAAGAGGCAAGAGGAAGAUCAGGAAGUGUACGAAGCCAUGGAGACGUGUCUGAAUGAAGGAUGGUGCCAUUUGCUACACCUCCUGGAGAGGCGACAGGAAGUUCUGAGGCUGGCGGCGAGCUUCUACGAGGCGGCGGCACAGUUGUCGCUUGGAGUGGAUAACUUUGAAGAUGCUUUGAUGCAAGUGGACUUGAGGUCCGCUGACACGACGCUCGCUUUGGACUCCAUGAGGAGAGAUGUGCUGAGAAGAUCUCUGAAGGUUCUGUUGAGUGGCGGCCAGCUGCUCCAUAAGCUCAAAUUGUUGCCGCAAACUGACGGCCUCUGCGGGGCACCAGCGAAUUCCCACCUCAACCGGCAAGUGUCACAAAGGCUGGAGGUUCUAAUGGAGACUUUGCAGGACCGCAGAAGGACAAUGGAGCAGGUGCUCAGAUGGCGACUCAGUCAAGUGGGCCAUGAUGUCACGGUUGGACCAGAUUUAAGUCAUGAUUUUGGAUUCAAUGUAGAAAGAAGCCCUUUUCCGCCAAAUUGCGGAAUCAGUCUACAGGCCAAACCUGAUUCCAGACCUGAUCCAAAUCCUGAAUCCAGCUCCAAUAUGAGACAACAAUCCCUGUCAGACCUGAAGGCUAUGCCUGAAUCUGAAGCAAAUUCUGAAUGUAGAUCUGAUCCAAAUCCUGAAAUCAGAUCAAAAUCAAUUCUGAAGCUAGAGUCAUUUGACACAAGUCCUAAAUCCACGUCAGAUCAGAAGUCUGCAUCCAUAUUGGAUGAAACCAGAAACAUGCUUUCAGGAUGUCCGGAUCUGUCCAGAUCAGUUGUGACUCUGAAAUAUGAACCAGAUGACAUUGGAGACUUUGCGCAGGAACCAGAAUCCAAAAAGACAGAGUGGGGAGUCUUGCAACAAGAAAAAAGUACAUCUACCAGUGGAGGGAUCCCAGACAUGGCACAAAACACCCACCAUGAACUCGUGACCAAUCAGAAUCAACCACUGCUGCUGAAGUGUCAACAACUGCUUGACAAGGUGUCCCAAUGGGUGGACCAAAGUAAACUCUUGCUGUCAAAGUCUCAUGAAGUGGGAACUCAGCUGUGGGAGGCUGAAGACCUCCUGAACACACACCUUCUGCUGCGUACACAGGCUGAGACUGCAGGUCAGGACGGCAACAACGCAAUGCAGCUCUUGCGGCGUCUGCAGGUUCCAUACACGGGAUUCCCCAGCAAAACUCAAUUAGAGGCGCCCGGUGCACGUGUCUCUCAUCUGUCCCGCUUGAGGACUCUGACGGAGCAGCUGAAGCGAGAUGGCAGAACCAGGCCAACUGAAGAAGUCCAGCUAUCUGCUCGGGUCUCUACAGUACUGGGCGAGGUGAAGAGGCUGAGCGAUAUUGUGGAGUGUAACAUAUGUGUGCUGGAAGGCUUUGUGUCCUUCAUCAGGGUGGCGCAGCAGCUGGAAAAAGACAUAAACAUCCAUAGACACACACUGGAGGGAGAAAAAGAGGAGGAAAAUCUUAGUAUGAAGACUGGCACAUCCUGGCAGGAGACCAUGCAGAAGGUCUUCACAGCCCAGGAAGGGGCCAGAGAGUUCAUCAGUAGCACGGCUUCCGUAUCAGGCUUGAACUUGGAAUCUAUGGCGAUGGCGGUGAAGCAAAUGGCAGAGAAACUUGGGAAAAGCCAACAGGAAGUCGCAGACUUGCGGCGUGAACUUGAAAUUGACAACAGGAAGCGGGGCGAGGACAGAAAGUUCCACAGCAAGUACCAGGAGAGACUUCGUAAGGCUGUGCAGGACCUGGAGGAGGUCUCAAAGCUACUGGACUCCUGCACUCAGGUGGAUCUGGGCUCCCAUCUGCAAACCUCCAGGCUACAGCAGCAAUUUAGACUGGCCAGACCACAUUUUGCUAGACUGGACAACCAGGCCCAGAUCUUCUUGAAAGACUGGGAUGCCUUGACACCAGUCCAGAACUCCUUACUUCUAAAGGAGGAGCUGCAGGAAGAGGAGGUGUCCGAGCUACGUGUGCUGCAUGUCAAAGUGAAGGAGAAGAUCCAGCGCUGUCACCAUAUCCUGGAUCUUAGCAUCAACUUUCACCUCCUGGCCAAACAGCUGGAGACGUUCCACCAGUCAGAUGCUGCUGGACUUCUAUGUGGCGCUCCGAGUGCGUGUGAGGAGACACGUCAACAGAUCCAUCAACUGUUGACAAAAGCUUUCUGGGUGAAAAAGGAAAUUGGUAAAAUGAUCAGCGACGAUGUUCUGACCAAAUUUAGAGUGGAGCAGCUGGAGCACAGUGUGGCAUCUCUGUACACUCUGAGUAUACCGUGGCUCAUGGAAGGAUCUUCCCUCCAGCAGAUGAAGUCAAAUGUGGAGGUUAGCAAAUCUUUUGGCAACCAGAAAAUGGAACAUGACAGGAUGAAUGAGGAGAAGCGGAACGCUGAGCAGAUCCAGGUCGACUCAUCCCUCCUUACUGUGAAGAGACAGAUGGACAACUUUAGCAUACAGGAGCUGAGUGAGCUCAAGGAGACAGGCCACACCCCUGAAGUGACCACUAAGCAUGAUGGGAAAGAAGCGCUGGAGGCAAAUUUGAAACUCUCAUCAUCCAAGAUGAGCAGGUGGCAGCGGUCACAUGGUGAGGAGAAUCCUGGUGCCUCGUCCUACUGCUCCACCUACACCUUCAGGCUGUCCUGUUCACCAGCGGAGGUUGGACGCAAGGUCUACGUCAUCUACGGACAACUUGAUUCUACCUCGCUUCAAGCCAUGCAUACUUCUCUGAGUGCAUCAGUGCAGAAGGAACCGGCAGAUAGUCUGUUGGAAGAGGAGAUCCACCAACAGGAUGUGGUGACGGAGGUUUUUCCGUCAAGUGAUGAUGAGUACGAGUGUGCUUCAUCUGAUGAUAUUUCCCUUCCACCACUGGCAGAGACGCCAGAGUCCAUCAUUUUUCAGGAUGAUGUGGAGGAGCAUUUUUGUUUCAGCUCCAGCAGUAUUCACAAAAGCCACUCCCUUAACAAGAACGAGUACAAGAACCAGCCAGAGAUACCCGUGACUGGACUUGCCCCUGUUGCAACAAAGCAGCAUAAAGAGUCCGGUCAGAUGGAGAGUUUUGUGACGGUCCCCCAUAGUCUUCAGAGUGAUGCAAGAGAGCUAUUUAUGUCCAGUUCGUUUCUCAAGAGUCCUCUGUCUCCUGUUCCAAAACAACCAAUCAGCACACAGACUCAAAAGACAUUCACAGCCAGUGUUCCCCCUUCAAAGUCCACCUACAAGAGCGAAGAUGCCCUGGAAAUAAGGAGCUCCUCACAGAAAAGUCCAAGUAGUGACGCUCAGCUCAUACAAAUGACCGUUCCAAAAACUGUACCCAGCGAUCAGACCGCUACCUUUUGCCCUUCACCCUCUCAGAAUUCAGACUUUGAUCUCAACAAGAGCAGGGCUCCUCAACAACGCACUGGGAUGCACGUGAUUAUCCCUCAAACCAAAACGACCUUCCCUCAGGAAGGUCCACAACCCCUGCAGGGUACCUUCCAAGCUGAGAAGACAAUAACUCCAUUAAUGCAUGCAAAAUGUAACACAAUAAAGGGCAGCAUCUACAAUUGUCAGUCAUCUACAAGAAGCAGCUUCAUAUCAUCUCAAGGUCGCACAAUGCUAGAUAUCGGCCCACAGAAUCUCCUCAGAGAUGACACGAUUCUUGAUCUUGAUCAAGAACCACCCUCCAAGCAAGUUACCCAUCAAACCUUAAACUGCCUAUCAACACCCAGCAGCAGCGACCAAGACAUUCAAGUUAUGCUACCACAGGAGAACGACCACCUCAAACACAGGAGCAUGGUAACUUCUCCACAAAUCAGCACCAGCUUUUUCCAAGACUGUCCAGAGUCCAAACCAGACUUUAGGAUUGGUCUUGAUCAAGAAUUUGGGUCCCAAAUAAGCCAUAACAUGACCAGUGGAGUUCAGCCUCAGAUGCUUUGUGGCCGUUCAGAGUGUGAAAGAUCACUUUAUCAAGAUGGACCAGAAGUCCUUGAGACCACAAGCCCUCCUGAGUCACAUGACAGUGGUUAUGACAGCAGCAAGCAGAGUCUGUAUGGUCCAGGAAUGACGCCCAACAACCCCUCCCUCCUUGCUGUUACUGCUCUGCCAACAGCGUUAGCACAGAAAGCUAGCUUACAUGUCACCACCCCUUUACCACCAUCCCAUGAACUAACCUCCAAGGUAGACCAAGAUAUAUGCCAGCCCGUGGUGAUCCGUGAGGAGAUCAAGUUUACUCCUCAGAUUCAAGGACCACCCCUUCCAGGGCCACCCCAUCCCCAGACCCAGAAGAGGCCUUUUGAAUCUGGUCCACCUCCCUUCACCAUGCCACUGUCAAAAGCUACUGUCAUGGGUGGCAUGCCAGUGAAUCUGGAGGUGGCGGUGACCGAACACCCAGAGCCCAAAGUCACCUGGUUUAAAGAUGGCCAACAUGGGGAGGAGGGGGACCUAAAGAAAGAUUGCGGAGAGGUUGAAGGUCGCUGGCUUCUGUCUGAAGUUGUUGACAUCAUCAGUGAUGAGAUGACCACAUGCUUUGGAACCUGCUGUCUUCUUCUCUGGCUGCUUCUCAUCCUCAUUGGACUGUGACAUCACGCCAACGACUCUUCUUCUCUUUCCUCUUUUUCUUUAUCUUCUUCUCUUUCCUCUUUUUCUUUAUCUUCUUCCUUUUCUUGUUUUUCAUCUUCUUCCAUUUUUCUUUUCUCUCUGUUCAUCCCUCUUCCUCUUCUUCUAUUUCCCUGUCAUUACUACAGUUAAAUGAGCUGAUGUGUCGUUUUUCCUGAAGAAUAGCACUAUCUGGUGGACAGGCUCUUGAAGUGAAAUCCGUAUCCUGAGAAAACCUAAACCAUGUUGUUU